AUGCAAUCGCAUACGUUUUCGCGUGCACGGGGCGUACCCGUGUACAUGAAUGGCAGCGUAUCGCAUCAUUCUCUUCAUGCUCAGCAGCCUUCGACGUCCCAUCAUGUUCCUCGCUCCAUGUCGGUGGCGCCUAAUAGACUGCGUAACGGACCUGCAGAGAGUGAUCCCUCCUUACCACCAACAUAUGUGGUCCGAUUUCAUGACGAGGCGGCAGUUCGACGUAUGUCUUACCGAAGACUUGGUCAGACUGAAAUGAUCGUCUCUAAGAUCUGUUUUGGUUCUGCGCCAAUUGGUGGGAUGUUUGGGAAUGUGGACGACUCAAUCACCCAGAUAGUUGAGACGGCUCUUCGAAAUGGCAUCAACUUCAUCGAUACGGCAUAUUGGUACGGGCAGUCACGUAGUGAGUCAAUACUCGGCAAGGUGCUCUCGAAGGUACCACGAAAGGCGUACUACAUAAAUGACAGCAUGUUUUCGGUUGGCCGUUUUGAGUUGGACUACGCGAGGACAUUUGAUUUUCGUGCCGACAAGGUGUUGGAGUCAUUGACAAACAGUUUGAAACGGUUGAAGCUCACAUUUCAUGUUCAGAUUCAUGAUGCAGACUUUACACCUCAGGAAAAUAUCAUUUUGUAUGAGACAUUAGAAGCUCUUGAAAUGGCUCGCCACUCAGGAAAGAUACGGUAUAUAGGACUCACUGUUAUUGUCGCAGCCAUCGAUUUCAAGAUUCAAACAAAAAAUUUCAGCUCAAUUAUUGAUUGCUCCGCUGUAAAAAUUGAUGUUUUACUGACGUACUGCCAUGGAUCUCUGAACGAUAACUCAAUUGGAGAAUUUAUUCCGUUGUUCAAGAGACAAGGAGUCGGUAUCCUGAAUGGCUCUCCUUUAUCAAUGGGUCUGCUCACAGAACGAGGUCCGCCUCCGUGGCAUCCAGCAGCCGAUUUCAUUAAGGAAGCUUGUCUGGCGGCUACGCACUAUUGCAUGUCAAAGAACAUCUCAAUUUCAAAGCUAGCUCUGUCUUAUGCUCUCGAAGUACCUGGCUGUUCAGCAUGUGUUGUUGGAAUGGACAGCAUACAACAGGUUCGCGACAAUAUUGCACUGUGUACAACGACUCCUCUCACUGAUGUGGAACAACGAGUGCGAGAUCGAAUUAUGCGAAGGUACUUUGACCGACUUGAAAAUGCUGGCUGGAGCGGAAUGGAUGUGGCAGCAUACUGGCAAAGGUUGAAGAAAUUAGGGUUAACAGCUCUCGCUACUCAUAGGUCGUAUGUUUUAAUUUCAUUCAUUUCACUCAAAAAAGCAAAACCUUACUCAAGGUGUUGUUCACAAUGGCUUAAAACGACACCUCGCUUCAGGGGCCCACAGUUUGAUAGGGGUAACUGA